AUGUUAGGGCCAAGGAAUGAGCGGGUAUUCGACCCGAACGCGUCCAUCGUUCUCGUUGGAUGUCGAGGAGCUGGAAAGCGUACCCUCGGAUUUAUGGGCGCCCUUCAUCUGCGCCGCCGCCUAGUCACCGAGGACCAUUACUUCGAAAAACUGACUGGCAUAUCCCGCGGCCAGUUCCUCCUUCAGCACGGAAAGGACCUCUUUGCGCGCCAGGAUGUCGAAGUUUUCAAGUGCAUGCUCGACAGCAACCGCUUCGGGUGCAUCAUCGAGUGCGGUAUGAGCAGUCUCAGCGAGGAGGCCCAAGACGCCUUGCGCGAGUACUGCAGGACGAACCCCGUCAUCUAUAUCCACCGGGAAAGGGAGCAAAUAGCAGCCUUGUUGGAUGCGACAGAUGCCACGGCUCUUCUCAAGGCGGAUGAAAAGCAUAGGGAGUGCUCCAACUUUGAGUUCUACAACUUGGAUGACUCAGCAACCCAUUGCGUUGGUACCUCCACAUCAGCGGAUUGCCAACAGACGGUUCCUUCAAAACUACUCAAUGUCCGGGAAGACUUCACAAAAUUCCUGGAUCAAAUCACCGGCAGAGGCGCAACCAAGGCAUGGCUGGAAAGCCCCUUUUCGGUUGUCGCCAUUCCGCCCGAGUUCCGAUCCUAUUCAUAUACUUUGCGCCUUCGCCUAUCCUACCUGCAGGAACUGGACAUGGCACUGGAAGAGUUUGAGGCCAGUGCAGAUUGUGUUGAGUUCAUUAUUGAUCAGUGGCCCGGCGAUGUCGCUGAAGUGGUAUCAAAGCAGGUAGCCCUCCUCAGGAGGAAGCUGGGGCUGCCCAUCAUUUACCAUGUGGAAGAAAACCCCCGAGGACAACGACGAAGGGCGCCAGAGGAGAAGAACCCAGUGGACUCAGAUCUGCUUGAACUAGGCCUACGACUGGGCGUCGAGUAUCUGAGCGUGGAUUUGCAGCGCGACGAAUCUCUCAUACAACGGGCACUUCGUUACAAGGGCCGGUCCAAAGUUAUAGGAAACUACUGGUACAUGGGCUUCGGAGCUCCUCCAUGGCACGACGACCAACACCUCGAGAACUACCGACGCGCACAGUCUCUCGGCUGCGACCUGGUCCGGAUGGCCCGCUUCUCUACAGGCGACAGCCCCGUCGGAUAUCUCGAGUCCUUCAAGAAGCGGGUAGAGCAAACCAUCCCCAACCCGCGCCCACCCCUAGUUGCCUACGACUUCUCCGUCCUCGGCAUCCGCACCCCCUUACAAAGCAAGAUUCUCAACCCCGUCAAACACCGCGACAUGGACACCGACCAUGACUUUAUCGCCAUUAUCAACACCUAUUCACACUCCUAUGGCCUCGAGUUCCAACAGUUCCUCCUCGACCCGCUUGAGUUCUACGUCACCGGCUCCAACGUCUCCUGGUCUCUAUCCCCCGCAAUGCAAAACGCCGCCUACGAGUUCUCGGGGAUGCCGCACACCUUCCAGGCCGUCACCUGUUCUACCUUGGACCGGCUCACCCAGAUUUGCUUGUCCGACACCUUUGGCGGCGCCAGCUUGACCGCUCCCUUUAAACUCGCCAUCAUGCCCCAGCUCAAGGUCAAGUCGCACCACGCCACCGCCAUUGGCGCCGUCAACGUUGUGCUGCCGCUUCGAGGCAAGACCAAUGCGAUUCUGGACCAUGCCAACUCUCGCAACAAGGCCGGUGCGGCGCAGGAGUUCUUUGGCGAUAACACCGAUUGGAGCUCUAUCUUUACUUGCCUCCGGCGCGCUAUUAGUCCGAGGAAUUACGUUCAACCCUCCAAGACCACGGGGCUGGUUAUCGGUGCGGGCGGCAUGGCGCGCGCAGCUAUUUAUGCACUUAUUCAGCUUGGUUGUAGAAACAUUUUCAUCUAUAACCGAACGGUGGAGAGGGCGAGGGAGGUGGCGAAUCACUUCAAUAAUUGGGCUAAGGGGCAGCAGGGGAUGGUUGUCAUGGCGAAACCGAGUGCGGAUGGGUCGCAACUACCGACACUGGAGAUUUGCAGGGUCAUUGAGAGAUUGGCGGAUCCGUGGCCGGAGGGUUAUCAGUUGCCUACUAUGAUUAUUUCAUGUGUGCCCGCGACGAGUCUGGACGGGACGCCGCCGGCGGAUUUUGUGAUGCCGGAGGGGUGGUUGAGGAGUCCGACGGGGGGUGUGGUUGUUGAGCUCGCCUACGAACCACUCGUCACGCCCCUAGUUGCCCAAAUGUACGCCUACCGAGAUCAAGUCAAUCCUUCCUGGGUUGUCGUCGACGGUCUCGAGGUCGUUGCGGAGAUGGCCAUCGAGGCCUUUGAGCUAAUGACAGGACGGAUGGCGCCCAAGAGACUGAUGAAGGAUGUUUGCAGGAGGACGUGGGAACAACAGCAGCGAGGUGGCGGUGAUGGGGCUUCGGGGUUGGUGUUAUGAUGAUUGACUGCCUACCUAUUUUACCUACGCCUACUUCUUGAUUUGAUAGAUCACGGACCAGACCGAGCUGGAGCUUUGUUGAUA